CGUCACCUUUGAAACUUUCUAAAGCGAAACUUCUCUGUCAGCAGCAGAAAGCAAAGAAAGGUGCUACCCUUUCAAUUAAAAUAGGCCAAUUAUACGUCAUUUAUAUUACACUUAAUAUGCUUUGUUAGAAUUUACCGAGAAAAAGUCAGAUUUUAGUGAGAGCGGCUUUGUUGUGUGAGCACUCCUCUCUUCUGUCGUUGACGUAGUUAAACAUCGACACAAUCAGGAAGUCCGGGGCUUUUUUAAAAAUGCAUUUUCCGUGAUUAAGAGAAGGAGACAAUAGAUGUGUCAACUUUUAACAACGAAUUAUGAAACAUCCCUAUCUUUAACGCUUACGGGAGACUUUUUAUGACGUUUGUUGAACUGUUUUUCGUUUAAAACGGAUUAAAACCGUCAUAAUUCACCCGGAACACCUGGAUUUGAGAGAUGGAUGCUGCUCAGCUUACUGAAGAUGAAAUGGCAGAGAUUAAAAAAGACGUGCUGACCAGACUGCGGCACUACCUCUGCGAUAAGAUCCGAGCUGACCGCCACCUGGACUACCUGCGUUCUCGAAGGAUCCUUACGCGAGACGACGCAGAGGAAAUCAGCUGUAGGACCACACAGACCAAGAGGACUGCAACGCUGCUGGACAUCCUGGCUGAGAACCCACGAGGUCUGGACGCCCUGAUCGACUCCAUCCGAGAGAUGCGAGCACAAAACUUUAUCAUUGCCAAGAUCACGGAUGAAGUGCAAAAGGCCAAAAAUGAGAAGAUAGAGUCACUCAGAGCUGCAGGAAAAUCCAGCUCAUCGUGCGGCAGCGCCUUCAACUCCCCGAGCUCCAGCAGCGAUCUCCCCAACACAUUUUCCAACAACUCCACCAUCCUCUUCCACCCAGAUGGAGAGCAAAGCUCCUCCACCUCUGACGUGGCAGAGUCACUCAAUAUGCCAUCGAUACGGAAAUGUGGAAACCUGCCCUCUGUGUCCGGGGCCAGCAUCGGAAUCGCUUCCUCCACAACCUCCUCCAGCCUCCCGAAGCCGGGAGACCCCGGAGCUCCUCCUCUGCCGGACGAGGUUGUGCUGGAAUCUCCUUCCAACAUAGACGCAGCAACGCCGGGGUGCACGAGCAGCGGCGGAGAUCCGAAUUUCCAACCGUUGCGAUCACGCUCGCUCACCCCAACAUCACACAGAAGCGUCUUUUGAGCCAUGCUUUGAAACUUUUGAUGGAUUCCACUAACGGAGCGCUUCUUAAACACUGGCCUCAUGUAGCUCUAACAUAGUACAAACCACUAUACUAGCCAACGUUCUUAGGACAAAAAGGGCAUAAUUUUCCAUUUUAACGGGUAUUUUGGUUAUUUUCAAGUGUUUGUGUGAAAUGUUUUAAUAAUUAUCAUCAUAGAUCUUAGAAAGUGUCCCGAUCAGCCUCUGUUUGGAGAAAUAGCUUUUAAUUGUUUACUCGAGUUAACGGCUUGUUGGACAACAACCAAGAUCAAAGUGAACGGCUGCCUUCUUAAAACAGCUCCCAAACUUUAUCGUUUUCAUAAUCUUCAACAAGCCUGUGUUACUUUUUGUAUCUACACAGAAAUCUCUGGAUCAAUAGCCGUGUUCCCUCUAUCAGAGUCCUUCAAAUUUUCUGGGAGGGGGAAUUUGACUGGGAUAUAGGCUGGCUCGGUCCUCUCUGCUGUUGGCCCUUUCAGGAUUUCGCAACCGUUUCGUCAGUGGGUGAUGUCACUGAUCAGCACCAAAAGGUGUCCACGGACAAUAAGAAUAAUAAAUUACGAAUUUUAUUGUGCCAAAGUACCCUGUAGAUUGUGUCAUUCAGUUAUCAGAAGAAACAGUUUUUUGCAUUGCACUGUUAAACCACAAAGCGCCGUGAAUUACGUUGUUCGGGGGAUUUUCAUCACUUUUUUCAGUGUUAAGACUUUAGAAACAACGUUUAUAAAGCGGUGUGAAUGUUGUUUACUAUUUUCCUUUUCAUCUGCUUCACCAGCAAAUCUUGCUUUUAUAAAUUCCGGUUGUUUUGGCGACGUGUGCAGAUGUCAUUUCCUACUCCAAUCAGCUUGAGAUAACCACAAGCCCCGUUCAGCGAACCUUCAGGCCUAUACAAGUACAUACCCCAGUUCAGAUACUCCGUUUGUUACAAGCAUGAAUAGUACCAGCACCAGCAAAAGGUAGCACUUCUGAGGCAGUCGGUGAAGUUUGGCUGGAAUUUUUUUUAAUUUUAUUUUAGUUUUUUCAAAAAUAACCAUAACACAAAAUUGAUAGAACUAGCCAACAGAAUCUAUUUCUUCAAACAAAGCUCAUUAAGGAAGCUUUCUACCGGAAGUGAGAUGGUAAUUAUUUAUGCAAAAACACAAUUAAAAAGGGCCAAAUUAUCCCCAUUUGAUGUCUUUUGAAAUUGGUGCCAACUUGUUACGUUGUUUUUAUUUAGAGCAAAAAUAAUACUUUGGUCUUUAAAAACCAUAAAUAUGUAUUUUUUUACCUUUCAGUGUAAGCAGAUGUGCAGAAACUGGGCCUGAAUAAAGUAACUAUGUAAAAAGAAUAUUUUAUAGACAUUAUGUCAUGAAGAGUAUCAGUAUGAUCAUUUUUAGUUUCAUUUAACGGCGUGUUGUAAGUUUGGACAUUCUGAUAUCACCUCAGACUAGUUCUGCUUUUUACUUCUCUAACUAAACGUGUGAUUUCUUCAUGAAUCGUUGGACUGUUGGGUGAUAACCGCUACGGUUUAGUCGUAGUUUUCACACUGGAACGACCGAAUUAGUUCUGUACCAGACUCCAAACUGUUUUUGUGUUUUGUUUUUUAUUGCAUUACAGUAAGUGAACAAGACAUUGCCUCCCACUUUUUCACUACAAGUUUUGAAUCACAGAAUUGAUGUGAAAUCCAAACUGUAUUCUCCUUUUUGUUGGUUAUUCACUGGUUGUUUUUACUGUAAAGUAAAACUUACAAAUUAAAGGGCAAGUCACCUCCUUUCA